UUUCAGGUGCCCUACCAUGGCAGACAAGAGUGAACUCAAAGCUGAGCUGGAGCGCAAAAAGCUACGGUUAGCGCAGAUCAGAGAAGAGAAGAAGAGAAAAGAGGAGGAGAAGAAAAGAAAGGAUGGUGACUUCAAGAAAGAGACUUCUUCUGCCUCACAGGAUGAGCUGGAUCUUGAGAGAAAGCGUAAAGAGACUGAGGCACUACUUCAGAGCAUUGGGAUAACUACGGAGCCCUCCAUGGUCCAUUCUCCUAUUUCUCCAUCGAACAAAUCGUUGGGAACGCCAAGCGAAUCUGAGAGCCAAGAAUCUGUGGAGGGUACAGCUGGAGCCCGACAUCACCUGCAAAAACUAGGCAUAGCCCGAAUGACCCAUGUGGAUAUUGCACCUUGUGAGCGUCUCGCACACUGUAAGGAGACCCAAACACCUGUGGUUGCUAAACCAGAUGAAGAGAAGGAAGCAGCACCAGCCCCAACAAAGGCAUCAACUGUCUCAGAGCCUGAGGCACCUGAAGAACCCCAAGAGGAGACUGGAGAAGAGCAUAAAGCAACUCGGCAUGACCUGACUGAAGAAGAAAAAGAAAACAUUCUUCGUUCAGAUGGAUUUUUAUCCUUUUUUAAUCAAACCUCCCGAAUGAUUGAGCAAGCACUUACUGAACACACUGACAUCUUCUUUGACUACAGUGGGCGCAAUUUAGACGACAAAGAAGGAGAGAUUCAAGCAGGAGCCAAGCUGUCAUUGAACAGGCAGUUCUAUGAUGAAAAUUGGUCAAAAGACCGUGUAGUUACCUGCCUGGACUGGUCACAGCAGUAUCCAGAACUACUGGUUGCUUCUUAUACCAGUAAUGAAGAUGCUUUGAAUGAGCCUGACGGUGUUGCUGUUGUGUGGAAUAUGAAGUUUAAGAAGACCACUCCGGAGUAUAUCUUUCACUGCCAGUCAAAGGUCAUGUCUGCCUGCUUUGCACAAUUUCACCCGAAUCUCAUGGUGGGCGGGACAUAUUCCGGUCAGAUUGUCCUUUGGGAUAAUCGCAGUAAUAAGAAGAUGCCUGUCCAGCGGACUCCACUAUCUGCUGCAGCCCACACGCACCCUGUGUACUGUGUGAAUGUUGUUGGUACUCAAAAUGCUCAUAACCUAGUCAGUGUCUCUACUGAUGGGAAACUGUGUACCUGGAGCCUGGACAUGCUCUCUCAGCCACAGGACAGCAUUGAGCUGGUACACAAGCAAUCGAAGGCAGUUGCUGUAACCUCCAUGUCCUUCCCAUUAGGGGACAUUAAUAACUUUGUUGUGGGUAGCGAAGAAGGCUCCGUGUACACAGCAUGUCGCCUUGGCAGUAAAGCUGGAAUCAUCGAGAUGUUUGAAGGACAUCAAGGUCCUGUGACAGGGGUCCACUGUCACACAGCAGCAGGGGCAGUGGACUUCUCUCAUCUUUUUAUCACUUCAUCAUUUGACUGGACUGUCAAACUCUGGUCAACCAAGAGUAACAAGUCCUUGUAUUCCUUUGAGGACAGUUCAGACUAUGUGUUUGAUGUCAUGUGGUCUCCUAUCCACCCUGCACUCUUUGCCUGUGUUGAUGGAAUGGGCCGGCUUGAUCUCUGGAAUCUGAAUGAAGACUCUGAGGUUCCAACUGCAAGUGUCACUAUGGAGGGAAACCCUGCAUUGCAUCGUGUACGCUGGGCACAAUCAGGGCGAGAGAUUGCUGUGGGUGAUUCUGAAGGGCAAGUGUUGAUUUACGAUGUUGGAGAGCAAAUAGCUGUUCCCCGGAAUGAUGAAUGGACCAGUUUUGCACAAACACUCGUUGACCUUAAAGCAAAUGGGAACGAUGCAGAGGAAGAAGCAACAGCAGGUCUCCUUGCAUAGGCUAAUUAUAGAUAUUUUGUCACAUUCCUCUAAGUGGAAGAAACUGCAUUAGUUAGCUCAAAUUGGCUUCCCUUUUUGCCCCUCUCAUGCCAAGUUAUAGACAGUGCAAUGGUGAAUCAUGUAAUUUGCCCCAUGUGACGCUAAUUUUUCAGGACACCAUACCAGUUACAGUAAGAUUUCCUAUGUAGUUGUCUUGUUAGAGUGUCCAGUAGCAUAUGGGUGCAAAACUUGCAUGUAAGUUAGAUAUCUAUGUAGCAAUUAACUCCAUGCUUAUUGCUGCUGUUCCAUUAAUCUAAAGCAGGAGUUUAUAACCUUUGGUGCAGUGAAUGGCCACGUGUGAUAGCUUUUGGAUAAAGAGCACAGAUUAAGCUGCACAUCCAGCAUUAUGUUUACAACACCAUUGGUUUCACCAUUCAGACAAAUACUCAAGGAUAUUCCAGCUUAACAGCACUUUCAUAUCACUGGAUCAUUGGCAAAUAGCUGGGCCUCCAUCUGCUGACUGAUUUCCCUCUGCAGCUCAUGGCUCCUCCUCAAUAUACUGUCAGGUCUCAGCUAUUGGGAGGGGAAGGCAAAGAAUAGUUCAACAAAUAGAUUACUCUCAGCACUUUCCACAUUGCAAUUUCACAGUAUGUCCUUAACAUCCUGAUGCUAAUCAUCAUGUCAGCACCUUAAAUUUCCUAAGUACUUCGCAAGUGUUUAGAUUUUUUAAAAAAAAUGAUGUUUGUGGUUUAGAAUUUUUGGAAUUGCUGUGCAUGCUGUUUCUGAUUCAAUAAUGAUCAUGUGACUGAGUUUCAAGCGAGCGCUGGGCAAUGAAAGGAGCAGAGGCAAUUGAGCCAGGUGCAGACUGCAAACCAGAUCAAAUCCCCAAAGAAGACAGGGUGUACCACUGGCUAUAGACCAGGAGCUGUUCACAGGCUUGGCUUUGUAAAGUCAGGGUUUUAUGUAAAAGUGCCUGGGAGGGCUGCCGAGAUGGAUGGAGUAGCUUGAUUUUAACUGGCUCACAGGAGGCUCGCUGGUUUGGAGAGAUGGGGAUUUUAGUAGCUGCACAAUGGAACCAAGCAGGAAGUGUCCUCCUCAUGGCAGAGGAUGACUCAUUUGGGUCACGCAGUAUAUACACAUUUUCAGACAUACCAAGUGAUUCCUUUUAGACUUGCUGGUUAGACCACUAAAGACCCGAGUACUAGUGGGUGGAAAGUGCCUGGAACACAGUUUGCCCAUUGGCAGCUUAAAACCGAGACUGGAUUCCUGCAUGUCAUAGGUUCCUGACAAGGAUUUUAGAAUAAGGCUCUUGAAGAGACCCCCAUGCAAAUGGUAGCAAGCAAGAAUUGAGGUGUAAAUACAGUAAUAGAUAAUUCUACUCAGUAAAAUUUCACAUUGUUUGUGUUAUGGCAGGAAUUUUAGAACAAAGAGAACGAGCACUGUCUCACAGAAACAUAUAAACCUAUUGAAAGAAAGGUUUAAAAUUGGGUGACAGUUCAUUUCUUUGCUGUUUUUAAGUGGAAAUUCACUUGAUAAUUCUAAUAAAAAUAGACAUUGGUUUUAAAUGUCAAACUCUUGAGUACUGCACAGAUAUAACACAAAAAUAGAUUAUUCAUGUUUAAAACAUGAGGGUGUUGAAGAAUUGCAUGGGGAUCACUUGGGAUGUUUCUAACUUUACGAGGCUACUGAGAAAGGAGGAUCAAUUGUUUGUGUAUCCAAAGUGUUUGCUGUCAUCAAUAUUCUAAACAUUAUUUUAUAAGAUCUAAUAUUCAAGAAGUUUCUGAUGAGCUUGACACAAAGGAAGGCACAUUUAGUUCAAAUUAAUUUUGAACGGGUUAUUAAUUUCAAAAGUUCUAGCUUGCAGAACAGCAGUUGAUCAGCAGAUGGCUUUUUAAUGCUUGAUCUAUUCCUAUAUUUUCUAGAGAUAAUCCCUCUUUCUUGCUACAGGCUAGCAGAGUGCAUUUUCCAUUUCUGGCCAGGAUGGAUUCUCCUCUGUCCACAAUUGGAAAACUUAAAGGGUCUCUACAUCGCCUGUAACCCACUGCCAGCAAGUUUCUCUCUGAGGCAUUAGCAAAGUGAGGUUUAAUUUUAAAUGCAGUCCACCUUUAAAACUUUCAAAGAGUUAAAGAAAGAUCUUGCAGUUUCAGAAGAUUUUGAUAGAACCUUCUCGACAGUAACAGAAUUUCAUACACACUGUAUUCACUCAAAACACGUGUUCUGGGCUUAACUGCUUCCUCCACUAGAGGCACCAACCAGAGAUCAAUAUUCAGUUCCUUGUGGGUUCCAUUAUAUUACUGUAUUGUUCAUCUUCUUUAAGAGGGAAAUGUUUUUAAACAAUUUAAAACAAUAGGUUAGAUUUAAUGUAGCACCUUUAUCAUAGAAAACUAUAUGAGGGCGCUUUGCAUGAGCGUUACAAAGUAAACUAUGACAAUGAGAAAAGAAAAGGCUGAUAAAGUUGCAAAAAUAGUUGUAAAUCUGAGGAUCUUUAGAAUCCAACAAAGGAGGACCAGGGAAAAGGAGAAUAGAAAAUGAAUGCAGUCUUGCAAAAAAAUAUCAAAACUAACUAAACACUUUAUAGGUACAUAAAAGGAAAUGUCUGGCUAAAAUGAUUGUGGGUCCAAUACAGACAGUCAGAAAAAUUGCUAAUGGAGAAAUGGCAGAGAAGCUAAAUGAUUACAUUGUCUGUUUCCGCUGAGGCAGGUACCAGAGAUCCAAAUGGCUAGGGAGAAUGAGAAGUUGAAGGAAAUUAGUAUUAGCAAUAAGAUUGCACUGGAGAAAUUAAUGGGACUGAAAGUUGAUAGAUCCCCAGGAUCUGAUGGUCUACAUCCCUGAGUGUUGAAGCAGGUGGCUAUACAGAUGGUCAAUGCAUUGGUGAUUCUCUUCCAAAAUCCUACAGAUUUUGGAAUGAUUCCUGUGGAUUGGAAGUUUGCAAAUAUCAGCCCAUAGUUCAAGAAGGGAGUGAGAGAGAGAGAGAGAGCAGGUAACAACAGACCUAGUAGCCUUACAAUAGCAGGAGGGAAAAUGCUAGAAUUUAUCAUAAACAAUGUGAUAACUGAAUGCUUGAUAAUAAGUGAUCUGAUGGGCAUAGUCAGCAUGGAUUUGCAAACGGAAAAUUGUGUUUAAUGAAUUUGUUGGAGUCUUUUUGAAGAGAUUACUAGCAAAAUUGGUGAAGGCAAACCAAUGGAACUAGUACACUUUAUUCUCAGAAGGUUUUUGAUAAAGUCCUCCACAGGCUGCUGGUUAAGAGAGUAAAUCACAUGGGAUAGGAGGUAAUGUGCUGGAAUGGUUUAAUGAUUGGCUAACAGACAGAGAGUAGGAAUAAAUGGUUUGUUCUCACAUUGGCAAGCUGUGACUAGUGAGGUACCACAAGGAUCAGUAUUUGGGGCCCAACUGUUCACAAAACAACCAAUAGCUUGGGGGUGGGGACCAAACAUAAUAUUUCCAAUUCUGCGGAUGAUACAAAGCUAAGUGGGAAUCUGUGUUGAGAAGAUGAUAUAAAGUGGCUUCAGGAGGAUUUGGACAGGUUUAGUGAGUGGGCAGAUGGAAUAUUCUGUGAAAAAAUGUGAGGUUACCCACUUUGGUAGGAGAAACAGAUAUGCAGAGUAUUUCUUAGACCGUUAGAGGUUGAAAAGUGUAGAUGUACAAAGGAAUAUAAGUGUCCUCAUCGACAAAUCACUGAAGGCUAACGUGUGGGUUCAGCAAGCCAUUUGGAAGGUUAAUGGAAUGUUAGGCUUUGUCGCAAGAGGAUUUGAGGACAGGACUAGUGAAGUCUUGUUUCGACUGUGUUAGAGCUUGUUUAGACAACACCUGUAAUAGUUUAGGUCUUCUCAUCUCGGGAAGGAUAUUAUUGCCAUAAGGGAGUGCAGCAAACGUUCACUAGACUUGUUCCUGGGAUGGUGGGACUGUCCUAUGAAGAGACAGUGGGCAAACUGGGACUGAUUUCUCCAGAGUUUUGAAGAAUGAGGGGUUACCUCAUUGAAACCAACAAAAUACCUAAAGGGAUAGACAGGUAAGUUGUUUUUCUUGCAUGAGGAGACCAGAUAUUGUCUCGAGCUUAAAGCAGCUGCAGACACAGCCACUAACAGCAGAGCAGUAUAAAUUUGGGGUAUUUAGGAGCUCAGUGUUAGAGAAGCACAGAGAUCUCCAGAGGGAUGCAGAGGCUGGAGGACACAGUGCUAGUAUAUUGCUCGGUGUAAUACAUAAACCACCAGCUAGUGAAAAGGAUAUAGAGGAACAAAUCUGAAGGAAAUUAGAGAGGUGUAAACAUCAUGGAAUAAUUAUAAUAGGGGACUUUGAUUACCCACAUAUAGACUGGGAUAGUGGUGGUGCAAAGGGCAAUGAGGAACAAGUGUUCCUGGGUUGUGUUCAGGAGAAUUUCCAACAGCACUGUGUCCAGUCCAACUAGAGGCACUGUUAGAUCUGGUUCUUCAGAACGAGGUGGGCCAAGUAGAUCAAGUGUUAUUGUGGGAAUGCUUGGGGGUUAGUGAUUAUUGUAUGAUAAGGUUUCAGUUGGCAGUGGGAAAAUGAUGUUGAUCAAGCCAGAGUAAGAAUAAUUCCCUGGUAGAGAGCAGAUUUCAAACAGGCAAGAACAGAACUGUCACAGACUGAAAACAAAAGUUGGUGGGAAUAACAGUAGCUGAACAAAGGGCUUCCUUUUUGUUUAGGUAUCGUCAAUGGAAAAGUGGGACAAACAAAUCCAGAGCUGCCUGGGUGACAAAGAGAAUAGAAAUUAAGUUAAAGAAGGAAGAGUGUACUUAUGGCAAGAGUCGGGUGGUAAAUACAAUUGAGAACCAAGAAGAAUACAAAAGGUUCAGAAAGGAGGUGAGAAAGCAAAUUCGAAAGUGGCAAGGGAUUAUGAGAAAAAGACUGGCAGCUAACAUAAAAUGAAAUCCCAAAGUCUUCCUUCAGCAAAAUAUGUCUCAUUAACUUAGCAGAGUUUUUUGGAAGAGGUAACACAGGGCUGAUGAAGGUAAAGCUGAUUAUGUUGUGAGAGUGGAUUUCCAAAAAGAAUUUAAUUCAGUGCCAGGCAUCAAACUUCUAAGAAAAUGAUAGGGACAGUAGCUAUGGGGAUACAAAAUUGCCUGAGUGAUAGCUAACACAGUGAUGGUAAAUGAGUGUUUUUCAGGCUGUGGAAGAUGGUUUAUAGUAAAGUUUCCUAGGUAUUGGUAUUGGGACCUUUGCUUUUCCUGACAUACAUAAACAUGGUCUGGAUAUUGGUGUGCGGGGGCCAGUUUCAAAGUUUGCAAGCAGCACAAAACUUGGCAGAAUUUUAAGCUGAGGAAGACAGUGUAGAACUUCACAAGCACAUUAACAAGUUGGUGGAGUGAAGAGACAUAGUUGUUGAAUAAGUGGCAGGUGAAGUUCAUUGUGGAGAAGUGUGGGGUUAUGCACUUUUGUGCAAAGAAUAUGGGAAGACAGUAUAAAGUGAAGGGUACUAUUCAAACAAUGUAAAGGGGGUGCAGGAGCAGAGAGACCUGGGUGUAUAUAUGCGUAGGUCAUUACAGAUGGCAGGACAGUUAAAGCAGUUAAUAAAGCUCAGUAUUGUAGGCUUCAUUAAAAGAAGCAUAGAGUACAAGAGCUGGGAAAUAAUAAUGAACUUCUUUAAGAUACUUGUUAGACCUUAGCUGGUAUAUUGCCUGGAUUUGUCAGUGAGUCACAGCCCUUUAUUUAGGUAGCUGUUUCUAUGGGCUAGAUAGAUAGAUAGAUAGCUGGCACUCUCUGAUCUUGCUGCAUAUUGAAAAUAGUUGGCUUUACCUUGGCACCUUUUCCUUUUCGGAUCACGCAGUGAUCAUGGACACAAACUCCCGUUGCCAUUCCAAGAUGCAAUAUUCCAAUUUACACUGUAUCAGCUGUUAGAAGUUGGAUAUGAGAGUCAGUUAACCUUUACUUCCUUUCUCCAAUUCUGAAACAAUUUGAAAUGACCUUUAUUGAUGACGGUAGAAAUAUUUUCCUCAAUAUCAAUAAGACUUGACACUUGCUGUCAUUUGGACAGUAAUAUAAAGUGCAACAACAUUAUCAUUGUCUCUUUGGAGCAAGCAUCAUCUCAUGGCAGCCACUCCCUGGUGGUACCACUUGAUGUGGAACAUGUACGUGUGGUCUGUAUCGGCCCCUGUACUUCUGAGAGAGUUGUCUGCAGGAUGGUCCUUGUCUCCUUUAGCCAAAUCUGUCUCUUGCCUUUCCAUGCUUUCACAGCAAAGUUCUUGGAGACCAAUUUAACCUGAUCAUCACCUCACUGUUGUUUGAAGAGACCAAUUGCAAAAGAUGUCAUUAAGCUAACAGUGCCAGCCCAAACCAGACCAGAUGCUAAAGGCUUUCCUGCUAUCUGCCACCACCUCAGCUCAUAAAAAUUUCAGUACCAGUACCUGGCCAAGUGGUGACCUUGGUACCCAGUGAUUUUUUUGUCUCUGUUUUAUGUGCCUCUAGGAUAUGUAUCUUUUAGUUUCUACAUUUUGUUUAACAUUUUAGUUAAUUUCUGCAGACAUUUGCCUCUUUGCCAUUAGACUAAUGAACACCGUAACCACAAUUCCUCAUCCAGUCACCUCACAGGCGGGAAUAAAAUAGUUUGGUAUAAUAGUCAACAUAAAAAUGAAAUUAAAAGUACAAAAGCAUUGGAGUUUGUUUUCAUUAGUUAGCAAGUAUAGAAAAUGCUGGAGAAUCUCAAUAGGUCUAGCAGCUUCUGUGGAGAGAGGGAGUGUUAAAGUUUCAAGUCUGGUAUGACUACUUUUGACACAUCUGGUAUUCUUGCAAAUAAUCUAUUUAAGAGGAAAACUGACAUUUAUACUGAGAGUGCUGAUUAGUUGUCAAAUGGACAGUGGUAGAAGUGUUGCCAUGGAGAAUGCACCAGUUAAUGAUGGUUGACAGUUAACUGCAAGACAUGGCAUGCAUGUUCUUUUGUUUGCCAAGAGCAAGGACCUGAAUGUUCAUGGACAUAACUUCCAAUAGAUGCAAGCGUGUCGCAGUGUGAGCCUAACUAACAAUCCGAAAUUGGUUGUCAGCAUAAUUCUUUACACACUCCAGUGCAUUUGCCAAGCAGGCAGCGCUCUCUUGUUAAUUUUGGUUAUUGCCUUAAAUUGUGAUUCUGACAAAUUGUCCUAAUAAGAGACAAAAUUUCUUUAAUUCAGUAAUACUCAAAUUAGCCAUAUUUUAAACCAGUGGUUCUUUCAUCAUUUGGUUGGGAACUGUAGUUUGAUCUGACAACAUGGGAUCAACUAGCUUCAAUUGCAUGUUGGCAGUUUGAGUAGUGUUGCUUUUGUAUAAUUAGAAACAAAGAAAACCAUGUGAUAAUGUUGGAGACCAAUCAAGUUACUGGAAAAUUACAGGUUUAUAGCAUUGUUAUCAAUCAAAAUAAUCUCUGGAGUUAAUAUCCAUGAAAGCAAGUUUUGUCUAGUUCAUUUGCUUUGUAUGCUAUUCUGUCAGUCAGUGUAAAUGAAAAGCUGAAAAUAUGAGAACACUUAAGGAUUUGGAUCUUGUUUUUCAGUGUUUCAGCAGAAUUUCUUACCAUAGUGAAGUUUCAAUAUCAAUUGCAUAGUUAGGCUGAAGCUUUUACUGAAAGAAAAUUCCAGUGAAUUAAUCCACUCCUUUAACCAUAGUUACAUAAAGCAAAUUAUUUUGCACAUCUCAAUGCUUGUUUCUAAUAUUUUCAGCCCAGCAAAUAUAUGCUUUAACUUUUAAGGACUUCAAAAAAAAUGGUUUGUUGUCAUACUAAUGCACAGUUUGAGUGUCUUUAUUUAAUUUGUAUAGUCCUAUUUUAAACUGCAUAUUAAGUGGUUGUAAAGUUGCUGUCUGUAUUUUGUGUUAAAAGUUGCUACAAUUCAGAAAAGCAAUUCGGUAUGUAUGAAGCACUUUAAAGCUUUCAAAUAUAAUAAACUGCUAAUGAUAAAUAUCGA